UCAUGAGCUAGUAAAGUAGAAUUUUUCUCUUCCUAACAUCAUAGUCCGAUAACAACAACUUAAGAAAGAAUCAAGACAAGAUUCACACAAAUAAUGUCCUCCAUUUAAUCAGAAAGUAGUUUACAGCAAACACCGGCCAAAUGAAUAUUUCGUGUCAGAGAUGGGCAUAACCCCACAUUCUCCCAAAACCAAACAACUAAAAAUCAAAUUACAAGGCUGCCUAAAUAAAGCACAAGAAGAACCAAAAAUAAAAAAAAACAAACACUCUUUUUCCACUACUUUUACAGUUUCACUUCCUCAUUUUCUCUCUCCUCCCACUCCUUCCCUCCUUAUCACUAUUCCUAAUUUCCUACUCCUACACACUGUGUGUCUGUGUCCAACCGCCCCUUCCAUUUCCCAAUAACCCAUAAAACAAAAACAAACAACAUACACCAAAAACCGCCAUUCAUUGGCAUUCUAUUGUUGUGCUUUGUGUCGUUCUUGUUCCUGUCUCUCAUUAACCUCCUUUCUAUAAUUCUGCUUCGAUUUUUCGCGGUUCUGAAUUGCGCAAAGUUUUUCUUUUUUAGUUAAAUGAACAAGAAUAAUCAGGUCUAAUCGAUCCCGUGAGGCCGUCACAUCCUAACAUGGAUCUGGAAAACAACAACCGAAUCAAGAAAGAAUCAUGGAAAACAGUUCUAACCCUUGCUUACCAAAGCUUGGGAAUAGUUUAUGGUGAUUUAAGCACAUCCCCAUUAUAUGUUUACAAGAGUGCAUUUGCUGAAGAUAUUCAUCAUUCUGAUACUAAUGAAGAAAUUUAUGGGGUUUUGUCCUUUGUUUUUUGGACAUUAACCUUAAUUCCAUUACUUAAGUAUGUUUUUAUUGUUCUUAGAGCUGAUGAUAAUGGUGAAGGUGGUACUUUUGCCUUGUACUCUUUGUUAUGCCGCCAUGCCCGUGUAAGCUCUUUGCCUAAUUGCCAACUUUUGGAUGAAGAACUUUCAGCUUAUAAGAAAGAUGAUUUUACUACAUCUACUGAUAAAAAUGAUACUUCAUCUACCUUGAAAUUGACUUUGGAGAAGCAUAAAACAUUGCACAAGGUUUUGUUGGUUUUGGCUCUUAUUGGUACUUGUAUGGUUAUUGGUGAUGGAGUUCUUACUCCUGCAAUUUCUGUUUUCUCAGCUGUUUCUGGGUUGGAACUCUCACUUACCACAUCUAGGCAGCAUCAUCAGUAUAUAGAAGUUCCGAUUGCAUGUGUCAUACUAAUAUUGCUGUUCGCCCUGCAACAUUAUGGGACUCAUCGGGUAGGAUUCCUGUUUGCACCAAUUGUAAUAACAUGGCUCCUAUGCAUCAGUGGAAUUGGUGUAUACAAUAUUGUGCAUUGGAACCCUCAUGUUUAUCAAGCUCUCUCUCCCUACUAUAUGUACAAGUUCUUAAGGAAAACCCAGAGAGGGGGUUGGAUGUCUUUAGGUGGAAUCCUGCUGUGCAUGACAGGUUCAGAAGCUAUGUUUGCGGAUCUGGGACAUUUCUCCCAGCUGUCUAUACAAAUUGCAUUUAGUUUUAUUGUGUAUCCAUCGUUGAUCUUGGCUUACAUGGGACAAGCUGCUUACCUGUCUAAGCAUCAUUCUCUACAAAGUGAUUACAGGAUUGGAUUCUAUGUAUCUGUUCCUGAGAAUAUAAGAUGGCCUGUUCUAGCUAUAGCCAUACUCGCUGCAGUAGUGGGAAGCCAAGCUGUCAUUACAGGGACUUUCUCUAUCAUCAAACAAUGUUCUGCGUUGGGUUGCUUUCCUCGAGUUCGAAUAAUCCACACAUCAAACGAGAGACACGGCCAAAUCUACAUCCCAGAGAUUAAUUGGAUAUUAAUGGUUCUUUGCCUUGCUGUUACAAUUGGUUUCAGAGAUACAAAACACUUGGGGAAUGCAUCAGGUUUGGCAGUCAUAACAGUGAUGCUGGUAACCACCUGUCUAAUGUCCCUAGUAAUAGUAUUGUGCUGGCAAAAAAGUGUAAUAUUUGCUGUUGGGUUCAUAUUCUUCUUUGGCUCCAUAGAAGCGCUCUACUUCUCAGCAUCACUUAUCAAGUUCCUCGAAGGGGCAUGGGUCCCAAUCGCCUUAUCCUUCAUCUUUAUGAUGGUCAUGUAUAUAUGGCAUUAUGGCACUCAAAAGAAGUACGAGUACGAUGUCCAAAAUAAGGUUCCCAUUAACUGGCUACUCGAUCUGAGUCCCAAUUUAGGAAUCGUCCGAGUACGUGGAAUCGGUCUCAUACAAACUGAGCUUGUCUCUGGCAUACCCGCCAUUUUCUCUCAUUUUGUGACCAACCUUCCGGCAUUCCAUCAAGUGCUAGUCUUCUUGUGCAUAAAAUAUGUGCCUGUCCCUCACGUAAAAUCUGAAGAACGUUUUCUUGUUGGGAGAAUAGGCCCCAAGGAAUAUCAUAUAUAUAGGUGCAUUGCGCGAUAUGGGUACCGUGAUAUUCACAAAGAUGAGGUCGAGUUUGAAAAGGAUCUUGUCUGUAGCAUUGCAGAAUUCAUUCGUUCAGAGAAGCCUGAUUGCAAGAACAAUAUUCAGGAUAAUGAGGACGAUGAGGAGAAUCUUACUGUUGUAGGGUCUUUCUCAACUAGUCGGGGAGUUAGAUUGUCUGAAGAUGACGGUGAAAUAAUUGGCACCUCCCAGCUCCAAAGAGUGGAGUCGUUAGAGAAGCCGAAGAAGAGGGUAAGGUUUGUCGUCCCUGAGACUCCGCAAAUUGAUCCUGGUGUGCAGGAAGAGUUGCAUGAACUAAUGGAAGCAAGAGAAUCUGGCAUGGUCUUUAUUUUAGGACAUUCAUACGUGAGAGCCAAGAGUGGUUCGAGUUUAAUUAAGAAAAUCGCUAUUGACUAUGGUUAUGAUUUCUUGAGGAGAAACUCUAGGGGACCUAGUUAUGCAGUUAGUGUUCCCCAUGCUUCAACACUGGAGGUGGGAAUGGUGUACCGUGUCUGAUUAUGUUGCUGAGAAACUGUGUAGCUAUAAUGUGUAUUACUGGAUUGUGUAUGUACAUGUUAGACCAGGAUACAAUUUAUGUUUUGCUAAUUCAGUACCAUCAACAUCAGAAUACAAAACUAAAUUUUGCCAA